AUGAGCAGGAGCAACGUCGAUGACAAUGGCUCCUUUGCUGGGCUGCGGGAGGAGGGAUGGGCUGUGCUGCUCUCCCCUCCCCCAUCCGCCUGCCCUCCCUCCAUCCCCGGGCUGGCUGGGAGCAGGAGCAACGUCAUCGGAGACUGGCGGCACCUAAGCAGGAGUGACGGCGGCGGCGGCGGGAAGUACCCGCCGGAGAAGGGGUGGUGCCAAAACAGGGAUGACAGCAAUGUCGUUGCCAUUGCAGCGAGCUGCCGCAAGAGCGACAAUGUUGUCACCGGGGAGACCACGAACGGUUGCUACAUUCUAUCAAGAAUCGCGGGAGGGGUCUGCAACUGCCGUGUUGGCAGCAACCGGGCCUGCCUGUUUUUUUGGUCCUCCUUAGUGCUGGUGGUGGUGGUCGUUGUCACUCUGAAAGCUUUGCAGUAUCGCCCAGGUGAAGUCACAGAAAUGCCCAAGGAGUUAACUGACUUCAAAAAGGACGGCUUUACCCUCAUCAUCCAAACAUACAAGCGAGAUGAUGUUCUCCUGAAGGUCCUGGAACGUUGCCUGGCCGUGCCUGAGCUCCAGAAGAUCCUCAUAGUGUGGAACAAUGUCAAGGAACGCCCCACCCAGAAACUACGGGACUCCUUGAGCCGUUACAGUACUGCAAUUGUCUUUAUGGAGCAAAAGAUCAACAGUAUGCAAAACAGAGUGCAACCCUUUUCUGAAAUUCAAACUGAUGCUGUGUUUAUGCUGGAUGAUGACAUUCUUCUCAGCGUUUCUGACAUCAGGUUUGCUUUCACCAUUUGGAAGCUACAUCCGGACCAAAUUGUUGGCUUUGUACCCCGGAAACACGUCGAGACCGCUCCUGGGGUGUACAACUACAAUGGCAUCGGGCUGCCAGAUUCACAAAAAGGAGGAGGAGCCAAAUAUUCUAUGGUGUUGCUUGGCGCCUCAUUCUUCCACCGUCGCUACCUGAAGCUGUACAAGGACCAGCCGAAAGCAAUGCACAAUCUGGUAGAGGACACCCAAAACUGUGAUGACAUUGCCAUGAACUUCGUUGUGGCUCUGCACCUGCGCAAACUUUGGGGUGGCGCUAGGCCCGCAGGUAUUUUCGUCAAACCUGUGAACAUGGUCAACGUGGAGAACCAAGCCAACAGCGGCUUCAAGGGAAUGUGGCAGCGCCCGCAACACUUCAAACAGAGGUCCGACUGUCUCAACCAACUAGCCAAAAUUUAUGGUUUCAUGCCAUUGCAGUUCUCUGAUAUCAUGGUGACGCGGUUUCGGACGAGUUGA